AUGGAGGUUCUGCCAGCGUGGCCCCGCAGCCUGUCUCCGGGCCAGUUGCGCCUGAUGCAGCAGCAGCAGCGGGGGAACAGCAGCAGCGGGUGUUUGCUCAGUCGCAGCAGCAGCUGCAGCAGCUGCAUCAGCAGCAGCAGCAGGCCAUGCGACUUGGGACGCCAGGCCUGGCUCAGGCCCUGCUGCUGCUGCUCGGCCGUUUGCUGCUGGGCCUCUGUACGCAGCAGCAGCAGCAGCAGCAGCGCCUGCAGCUGCUUCGCUUAUUAUGAGCCCUGCAGGAUCGCCGCUGCUGCCUACGCUGCCUCCGCAGGCAGGAGCAGCGGCAGUGGCAGCAGCAGCAGCCGCAGCAGCAGCAGCAGGGGGCCCUGCAGCAGUUCCGGCACCUCCAGGCGCUCCGGCGGCCACAGCGGGAACUGCAGCAGCAGCAGGAAUGCUUGGAAGAGCUGCAGCAGCGGGCACUCCAGCAGCAACCCCGGCAGCAGCAGAAGUUGCAGCAACGGGAGGAAAGGGCGGCGCUACGCGGGGCCUGCGGGCUCGCGGCCGGCAGUCAGCAGCAGCAGCAGCAGGCCCGCAGCAGAGAGGCAGCAAGUCCUUCUCACGCAUUUCGCCAGACGGCGCAGCAGGAGAAGCAGCAGCAACAGCUGCUGCUGCUGCUGCUGCAGAUAA